AUGAGCCUCUCCAUGAGAGAUCCGGUCAUUCCUGGGACAAGCAUGGCCUACCAUCCGUUCCUACCUCACCGGGCGCCGGACUUCGCCAUGAGCGCGGUGCUGGGUCACCAGCCGCCCUUCUUCCCCGCGCUGACGCUGCCUCCCAACGGCGCGGCGGCGCUCUCGCUGCCGGGGGCACUGGCCAAGCCGAUCAUGGAUCAAUUGGUGGGGGCGGCUGAGACCGGCAUCCCUUUCUCGUCCCUGGGGCCCCAGGCGCAUCUGAGGCCUCUGAAGACCAUGGAGCCCGAAGAAGAAGUGGAGGAUGACCCCAAGGUGCACCUCGAGGCCAAAGAACUUUGGGAUCAGUUCCACAAGCGGGGCACGGAGAUGGUCAUUACCAAGUCGGGAAGGCGAAUGUUUCCUCCAUUUAAAGUAAGAUGUUCUGGGUUGGAUAAAAAGGCCAAAUACAUCUUGUUGAUGGACAUUAUAGCUGCUGAUGACUGUCGAUAUAAAUUUCAUAAUUCUCGGUGGAUGGUGGCGGGUAAGGCUGACCCUGAAAUGCCAAAGAGAAUGUACAUUCACCCAGACAGCCCUGCUACGGGGGAACAGUGGAUGUCCAAAGUUGUCACUUUCCACAAACUGAAACUCACCAACAACAUUUCGGACAAACACGGAUUUACUUUGGCCUUCCCAAGUGAUCACGCAACGUGGCAGGGGAAUUAUAGUUUUGGUACUCAGACAAUAUUGAAUUCCAUGCACAAAUACCAACCUCGAUUCCACAUUGUGAGAGCGAAUGACAUCUUGAAACUUCCUUACAGUACAUUUCGGACUUACUUGUUCCCCGAAACCGAAUUCAUCGCUGUGACGGCAUACCAGAAUGAUAAGAUAACCCAGCUAAAAAUAGACAACAACCCUUUUGCAAAAGGUUUCCGGGACACUGGAAAUGGCAGGAGAGAAAAAAGAAAACAGCUCACCCUACAGUCCAUGAGAGUGUUCGAUGACAGACACAAAAAGGAGAAUGGCACCUCAGACGAGUCCUCUAGCGAACAGGCAGCCUUCAACUGCUUCGCUCAGUCCUCAUCUCCAGCUGUCUCCACUGUAGGGACUUCGAACCUCAAAGAUCUGUGUCCCAGCGAGGGUGAGAGCGACGCCGAGGCCGACAGCAAAGAGGAGCACGGCCCGGAGGCCUGCGACGCGGCCAAGAUCUCCACGACCACGUCGGAGGAGCCUUGCCGCGACAAGGGCAGCCCCGCGGUCAAGGCGCACCUCUUCGCCGCCGAGCCCGGCGGCCGGCCUCGGGACGCCGGGCGGCUGGACAAGGCGUCGCCCGACUCGCGCCACAGCCCGGCCACCAUCUCGUCCAGCACCCGCGGCCUGGGCGCGGAGGAGCGCCGGAGCCCCGGCCGCGAGGGCGCGGCCACCUCCAAGGCCGAGGAGGCGCGCGCGCUGCCGGGCAAAGAGGCCUUCGCGCCGCUCACGGUGCAGACGGACGCGGCCGCCGCGCACCUGGGCCAGGGCCCCCUGCCCGGCCUCGGCUUCGCCCCGGGCCUGGCCGGCCAGCAGUUCUUCAACGGGCACCCGCUCUUCCUGCACCCUGGCCAGUUCGCCAUGGGGGGCGCCUUCUCCAGCAUGGCGGCGGGCAUGGGGCCCCUGCUGGCCACCGUGUCCGGGGCCUCCACCGGCGUCUCGGGUCUGGAUUCCACGGCCAUGGCCUCCGCCGCCGCGCAGGGACUCUCCGGGGCGUCGGCGGCCACCCUGCCUUUCCACCUCCAGCAGCAUGUCCUGGCCUCUCAGGGCCUGGCCAUGUCGCCCUUCGGAAGCCUGUUCCCUUACCCCUACACGUACAUGGCCGCGGCGGCGGCUGCGUCUUCGGCCGCGGCCUCCAGCUCCGUGCACCGUCACCCCUUCCUCAACCUGAACACCAUGCGUCCGCGGCUGCGCUACAGCCCCUACUCCAUCCCCAUGCCGGUCCCGGACAGCAGCAGCCUGCUCACCACCGCCCUGCCGUCCAUGGCCGCGGCCGCGGGGCCCCUGGACGGCAAAGCCGCCGCGCUGGCCGCCAGCCCGGCCUCCGUGGCCGUGGACUCAGGCUCAGAACUCAACAGCCGCUCCUCCACACUCUCCUCCAGCUCUGUGUCCUUGUCGCCCAAACUCUGCCCCGAGAAGGAGGCGGCCACCAGCGAACUGCAGAACAUCCAGCGGUUGGUCAGCGGCUUGGAAGCCAAGCCGGACAGGUCCCGCAGCGGGUCCCCGUAAACCCCUCCCUAGAAAAAUCUCUUCAUUCCAGUCCAGUCCAGUCUGCCGUGCACUUUGUUGGAUGUAAAAUAAACCACGGGCGUUCAGGGGGGUUGGCCGCUUCUUUGCGCAGUCCUGCCUGGGAAGGGGUGCCGGACUCCCUCUAGAGAAUGUGCUAGAAACAGGCCCUGUCGUCUUGGUGUGGUUUAUAUAUCCGGGAUCUGGUUCAGAUUCUGGGGCUCAGAAAUGUCUGUUUCGUGGAGCUAUUUGGGGUGGGAGCAAAAGUGUUUUAUGAUAGAGCACCUCCAGCCAGGCUGGUCUGGGAGCUAUGGAAAGGAAGCAAAAGGUAGCCAGGCCCACCAGGAGGGGAGGUGUUGAAAGGCUUCUCCCCCAGUGCAGAUUUAUAUAUUUUUUUCCUUCACCGUG